AUGGUGGCCCCCGCGGAGAAGCAUGUGACCGCUGGAGCGGCGCCGCCGGGCGCCCUGCGAGCCGCGCGAGUCCGGCCAGGAGGGGGCGGGCCGUGUCGCUGGGUGCACGAGGGAGGGGCAGGGCCGAGGGUGGGGGCGCACGGGGCUGCCGCGGCCCUUUUUAAGGGAGGCCCGGUGGGCGAAUCCUUCCAUUCUCUUCCUCAUUCCCUGGAGGAGUGCUUGUCCAGGCUCUUCUCCCGCUGCGGGGCCGUUCAGAGUGUGCAGGUGUGCGAGAAGCCGGGGCCAGGAGAGAGUGCAGAAGUAUUGAAGUCCAAAUUCUUCAAUCUCAGGAGGAUUUUGGGAUUCCGGGUGGCCUACGUGGUGUUCAAGAACCCAUCCGGGGCCCAGGCAGCCACCUCCCUCUCCCUGCACGAGCCCCUGCUGAUAUCUUCAGAGAGUUGCCCUGUGAAAACUGGCAUCCUCAAAUGGAUUUCCUGCUACGCUGCUUCACUGGUGAAUCCAGAGGAGCUGAAGGCUGAAGUGGACACCUUCAUGCAAGCCUAUGACCAGAAGGUAGCAGAGGAAGAAGCCAAGGCUGUGGAGGAGGAGGGUGUCCCUGAUGAGGAAGGCUGGGUGAAGGUGACACGGAAGGGCCGAAGGCCUGGACUCCCCCGGACAGAGGCCGCCAACUUACGGGCUCUAGAAAGAGAGAAGCGGAAGAAGGUGCGCAAGGAGCUGCUCAACUUCUAUGCCUGGCAGCACCGUGAGACCAAGCGGGAGCACAUUGCCCAGCUGAGGAAGAAGUUUGAGGAGGACAAGCAGAGGAUAGCACUGAUGCGGGCCCAGCGCAAGUUCCGGCCGUAUUGAGCCACUCUAUGGGCUGCAGCAUCUUGGGACGUUAGCACUGCUGUGAGAAGUGCCUGGCAAUGGCAGACCUGGGACUGCUCAGAAGUGCAGCAGCAUCAACCCACCCACUUUGCUGCUACCUGGGCCCCACGGGGAAAUCCCUAGUGUUUGCAAGUGAAGAUCUGGAGGGUGAAUCAGUGGCAGGAGGCUAGUGCCAGCUUCCAGUGCUAGCAGCCCAGUGUGGGUGUGCCCCUAGCCUGAUACAUGUGUGGGCUCUACCCUCUCCCAUGUUAAAUUUGAUUGGGCCUCCCUGUAUCAACCCUCCAUGUGUGUCUUAUUGCCCUGGUGACUCUUGUUUGCAAAGCAGGUCAUAGCUCAGCCAGUGCCCCUGGGCCCACAACAAAGGGGCUGAUGAUUCUGUUCAGUCAAGGCCAUGGAAGUUAAUCAUGAUGAACUGUAAAUAAAGUGCUUCUGUGUUUCUUAA